AUGGAUGAUUUAAACAAAGUUGAAGCCACAGGCAAUGUGAAGCCUGUACUGUUAAUGAUACUGCUCCAGACUCUAUAUGCAGUGGUGAAUAUCAUGUUAAAGAUAGUAGCAGAUGAUGGAAUGAGCUUAGGUAUUCUUAUUGCCUACCGAUUCAUCUUUGCUACUGCCUUCAUUGUUCCCCUAGCUCUCAUCGUUGAAAGGAAGAGUCUGCAAUAUGUUACUGGGCAAGUUGCAUUCCAAGGUUUUCUCUGUGGGUUAUUUGGGGGAUCCUUCCUACAAGCUAUGUACGUUAAAUCGUUGGCCUUGACGUCUGCAGUAUAUGUUUCAGCCAUGUUGAAUCUCGUCCCUGGUGUCACCUACCUUAUGUCUAUUUCUCUUGGACUUGAGAAGGCAAAUCUUGGAACAGCAGGUGGCAGGGCCAAGUUGGUGGGAACUUUAAUAGGAAUUGGUGGUGCCAUGAUCCUCUCUUUCUACAAAGGAAGAAAGCUAUGCCUUUGGUCAUCACAUAUUGGCUUGUUACACCAUGCACCAUCACCACAUGGUGCCCCCACAGGUUCUCUCUUGUGGGGCUGCAUGCUAGCCUUUGGAUCCGCUUUGAGUUUCUCAGUGUGGUUGAUAAUCCAGUCAAAGAUGAGCGAGAAAUUUCCGUGGCACUAUUCAAUUGCGGCUAUGACAUCUUCAACGGCCUCAAUCCAAUCCAUUUCAUUUGUUCUCUUUACGGAGAGAGAUUGGAGCAAGUGGAAAAUUGGUUGGAACUUUAGGCUCGUAACAGCACUUUCUGCGGGAAUUUUGACCUCUGGAGUGGGUUACACCCUUUUAGCGUGGGGUGUGCGAAGGAAGGGACCACUAUUUGCGUCUGCUUUUAGUCCUCUAAUGGUGGUGAUUUUGACCCUCGUCGAGCCUUUGAUACUAGAUAAAUGUCCCAACCUUGGAAGUGUUACAGGAUCAGUGGUGGUUGUGGGGGGAUUGUACCUGCUGCUGUGGGGAAAAUGCAAGGAAACACAGAUUAAGCAGAACGAGGUGUUCUCAAAAGACUCUGUUCAAUGUGAAACAAUCCACUUUACCAACCCAUCUCUAGCAAGCUGGCAAAGGGAUAAAGACAAGAAGAUUGUAGCAAAUGUUACUUCCUGUUCACCAUCAACUACAUCAACCAUUCCUAAGUGAAAAUUCAACACCACUAGGGUCGACCCAGUGGGAGAAAUUGAGUAAUUUGUGUGAGAUUUCAAACAUUUAAGCUAGCAAUUCAUACGAGCAGUUUAUGCGCAUCAAAUACAUGUGUUGUAUUCUAUGUUUAUUACUUUGUU